UAUCAGUAUCGUUAUUGUGGAAAGUGAUAGAUAUUAUCAUUCUUCAAAUUAAACAAUGGGUGUUGAGCAUUAUUUGAUAUGCAUUUCCCAUAAACGACAUUACAAGAAACAACUUCAAUUGCAAACUGUGGAGCUUAAAGUUGCCAUGGAUUGUGAUGGAUGUGAACUUAAAGUCAAGAAAGCCCUCUCUUCCUUACGAGGAGUGAAAUCUGUGAAGAUAAAUAGAAAGCAACUAAAGGUGACAGUCGUAGGAUAUGUGGAAGCAAGCAAAGUAUUGAAGAAGGCAAAAUCCACAGGAAAAAAGGCAGAGAUUUGGCCAUAUUUGCCCUAUAACUUAGUGUCAUAUCCCUAUAUUCCUCCAGUUUAUGACAAGAAAGCCCCCCCUGGCUAUGUCAGAAAUGCUCAUCUUGAAGACAAUAACAAUCCAAGUUUUCUCAAGUUUGAUGACCCUUCCAACUUUGUCACCAUGUUUAGUGAUGAUAACACCAAUGCACCUUGCUCCAUCAUGUAGAAAAAUUAAGUAUCUAUCUAUAUAUACAUAUAUAAUUGAGUUGUAACAACAACGUUAUUAUUCAUCAAAGUCUAUCACUCAAUGAUAGGUGAAUCAGACUACAUCGUUGUAUCUCUCAA